AUGCGGUGUAAUAUUCUUUUUUGUCUCGGGACGUGCGCCGCGCGCGCCGUUCAAAGCCGCCAGGUUGCAAUAACAGAGAGCGCUGUUUUACGAGAGUAUGCUGAUAAAGCUGGAGCGGCACGUAGAGUGCGGCUUGCCUUACGACGUGUUGCCAAUUUAUGCUGUGCGAUAAACAGAGUUGGUUUAGCCUCAAGCGGAGGCGGAGUCGCGGGUCUUAAUUGGUUAAGAAAUAAAUAUUCUUCUAAAUUCUUAUUUACAAGGGCGUUGUCUUCAUUGUCUUUCUGUGGUUAUCUCAUCCACGGUCGCUCACUCAAGGAGGUUGUGAUGGGCCGAGCAACGAGUGCACACAUCACACCCAGGUUGAGUGAGUCACCGGAAAUGAGCUCUUCGGACAUCUUCACCUUC